UGACAGGCAUGGGUGAUACGCCAGCAACAGAUGCUGGGCGCCCAUAUAUGCAUCCUUAGGCCACGCUGAGACCCUGAAGACAGAAGGAACCAGAGAGAAGGGCUGGGAAGGCGAGGACGGGAGGUGCGGAGAAAACCCUCUAAAAAAACAGAAGCCCCCGCCCCCACCGGCGAGCUCUGAGCAGGCAGAGCGUCUGCCUACCGCCGCAGCUGCAUCCGGGGCGACUUCUCACCAGCCAUGCGAGGCCCUACCGCAGACGGGGCGAAGGUCCCCUUCUGCAAUGCUAAGGAGGAAAUCUCUGCCCGGGUCGAAACCUCGGAGGGCGACGGCGGCCAGAAGAGGCCGGACAUGCGCGGGCAGCGCCAGAACAUCGUUUGGAGGAACGUCGUCCUAAUGAGCCUGCUCCACCUGGGGGCUGUGUACUCCCUGGUGCUCAUCCCCAAAGCUAAGCCGCUCACUCUGCUCUGGGCGUAUUUCUGUGAUGUUGUCUUCCUAUCCUCCUCACUCAGGGUCACUGCUGGCUUUGUCUCAAAAUGGCCCCACUACGGAUUCAGAGCUUUCCAAAAAGGCACCAGGGUUUUUUGUCUAUUCAUCUGGCUUCUUUUCUCCCUGCAGAAUGACAUCUUUGAGUGGUCCAGGGACCACCGAGUCCACCACAAGUACUCAGAGACAGAUGCUGAUCCCCACAAUGCCCGCCGGGGCUUCUUCUUCUCCCAUAUCGGGUGGCUGUUUGUUCGCAAGCAUCGAGAUGUCAUCGAGAAGGGGAGAAAGCUUGACGUCACUGACCUGCUUGCUGAUCCUGUGGUCCAAUUCCAGAGAAAGUACUAUAAGAUCAGCGUGGUGCUCAUGUGCUUCGUGGUCCCCACCCUGGUGCCAUGGUACAUCUGGGGAGAGAGUCUGUGGAAUUCCUACUUCUUGGCCUCCAUCCUCCGCUAUACCAUCUCUCUCAACAUCACCUGGCUGGUCAACAGUGCCGCCCACAUGUACGGAAACCGGCCCUAUGACAAGCACAUCAGCCCUCGGCAGAACCCACUUGUCACCCUGGGUGCCAUUGGCGAAGGUUUCCACAAUUACCAUCACACCUUCCCCUAUGACUACUCUGCAAGUGAAUUUGGCUUAAAUUUCAACCCGACCACCUGGUUCAUUGACACCAUGUGCUGGCUGGGGCUGGCCACUGACCGAAAACGGGCAUCCCAGCAGGUAAUCAAGGCCCGGAAAGCGAGGACUGGAGAUGGCAGUAUUUGA